AUGCGCCAGUCGCUGCGCCAACGAGCCAAGCCCGUGGUUCGGUCGGAGCAGCUCGGGAAGCUCCUGCGUGCGCGUGAUGCAGCUGCCCGCGGAGAGAAGAUCCUGAAGGACGAUGACGACGAUUGGUCACCCGAAGACGGCGAAGCGUCGGAUGACGAAGACGACGCCAUAGAGGACAGCGAUGACGACAUACUGCCCAAGACAAAGCAGCUCGCUCGGCGCAAGCGCCCGAUAUCAUCAGUCCCAACUGCAACGGCCAACCCGACCGCUUCCAAGCAAGCGGCGCCGCGGGACCCUCGUCAACGACGGGCCCUCAACCCACCGUCGGUGGAAGCCGAGGUCGCACGAAAGCUCUUGGAGCUUCAGUCCAAGGUUCUGCCCGUCAAGUCGAUCUUGAAGAAGGAGCGGCGACAGAUCCAGGUGCUCGACGAGGCGCCCGUACAGGCUGUCACGGCAGCGCCCGCUCCCGUUGUCGUACACAAGCGGCCGAACCGCAACAAGACCGACCGCGUUGGGGCCAUACUUGGUCCCAAGUCGGCCACGUUUGGCGUCGAGACGAAGUACGCCACUUCGACGCUUGCGCAGUUUUAUGAUGAAAUUCUGGACUGGGACUUUGGCGAGGCCGUGCUGAAUGACCAAAAGCCGCUCUCCGAAGCGCCAGCGACCGAGAACGUCCAGGUACCGAGCAAGUUCGAAUCGUACCAGCACUACUUUAGCGUCUGGAAGCCGUUGGCAGUCCAGGAAGUGCAGGCGCAGGCUCUCAACGGCCUCUCGUCGGAUCUCCCACCGGCGCUGCCGAUCGUGUGCACGCCCCACGCCAGUAUUGGAUCGACCACGGUCAAAGUCGCGGCAUCCUUCAACAAAGCUUACUCGGGCCACGACAAGCGGAAGCGCCAGCACGAUGUUGCCGACAUUCGGAAAGACGAUCUCAUCGUCGUCUCGGAAGACCCAAAGUUUCUCGCUUCGCGCGUACACGGCAAGGACGGGUCGGGGCUGCUCGGGGUUCUAGGCGUCGUCGAGUCUCAGCAAGCCUCCCGAGAAGGCCUCGUAUUCGUCUCGACCUCGGCGCGCUGGCGCAGGCUGCAUUGGGACGCCUCCAAGACACUGUACCUUUUCAAAGUGAACAGCCUUGUGACGAGCUUGCGUGAGUUCCGCGCGCUGUGCGAGUGUCGUGACUACAAGCUAAUGCAGCUGCUUUUGUCGGGGGAGUCCGUCCCGAGCUCGAUGCGCCUGGACACGCUCGGCCUUGGCUACGUGCAGUGGCUACGUAACACUUUCAACGAAUCCCAGCAAGAGGCGAUCACGGCCGCGGCAACGUCUCAAGGCUUUACGCUCAUCAAGGGCCCGCCAGGAACGGGCAAGACGACGACACUCAAGGGUCUCCUAAACUCGUUACAUCUGCGCGAGUACAACCGGUAUUACAACGCAGUACUCGACGUCGCGCGCCGUCCCGACAAGGACACGUACGCAGCUUGGAAGCGCAUUGGCAGCGAAAAGCCCCAUAUUCUCGUGGCAGCACCGUCCAACAUUGCAGUUGACAACAUCGUGGGCAAGAUCAUCGAAGAAGGCUUCUGCGAUGGCGAGGGUCGACGCUACUUCCCGCAGAUCGUCCGCGUUGGCCGAGGCGUGACUGCGAAUGUCAAGAGCGUGUCUUUAGAAGGGAUGGUUGAAUCCAUCUCGUCGCAGCCGCUCGAAAUAGUCGAGAUGCGUGUUGGCCAGCUCACGCACGAACUUCGCAUUGUGGAAGCUGACGCGGCUGUGUUGCGACAAGAGCUGCGCAACGUCAUUGCAUGGAUCCAUGGUAUCGUUGAAACGAACCUCCGCGGCGUGCCCGAGUCGCCGCCUCCGCCACCGCCCAUGACCCCACCUCCACCUUCGCCCCAGGCAGUUGAGAUGCCUGGGACACCGCCGCCACCGCCACCGACGGAGGAAUACGGCCCAUCUCCAGUUGUUUCACCACCGCGCCCGGUGUCCGACAUGCAUGGGGGACCCCCACCCACGUCCCCACCGCGCCCACUGCAACUGGACGGUCCACCACCAAUUUUUGAGCAUGCUGUUUCGUUUACGACGCUGGAGGACGAAGGAACGGCGGGGACCAAGGCGGCUUUUGUGACGUACAACUCGGAUGACGACGACGACGCAGUGCCUUUUUCAGCCGAUGACGCGCCAACAUAUAUGCUUUCGGAAGACGAAGAGGACGAGCCGCUGCCGGUAGCGGUGACAGCGUGUUCCACGGUCAUUGACGAUGAUGAAGUCGACGAGCCGCUACCGCAAGUGGCUGCCGAGUGCAUCCUAGAAGCUACGGAUGUCGAUAUGACCAAAGACGAUGAAGAUGAAGUCGACGAGCCGCUUCCUGUGCUACCACCGACGCCGCCACGAGGACCUUCGCCCCCCGCAGAGUGCGCACCACCGCCACCGACGAUGCCCGACGUCCCGCUCGUCAUUGACUACAACAGCUACAAGCCGUACAAGGACAUUGCGCAGCGCAUCAACUUGUGCCUCGAACGCGCCAAUACGAUUCGGCUCGAGUGGCAGCGCUACAGCAUCGUGCGCCAGGCUCUACAGAACAACAAGCGUGUUCCCAAGGAGACGCAAGAACAGCUUGAAAGCUCGUUUCUCGAGUCGGCGCAUAUUGUGUUUACGACGCUCAGCUCCGCCGGGCACCGCGCCCUCGACGACUCGAACCGCUACGACAUUCUCGUCAUCGACGAAGCAGCACAAGCUGUUGAGCUCUCCACUAUUAUUCCGAUGCGAUUUGGCAGCAAGCAAUGUGUGCUGGUCGGCGAUCCACAGCAGCUGUCGGCGACCGUCUUUUCGCGCACAAGCGCACAGUCUCUCUACGAGCGGUCGCUCUUCGAGCGCCUCGAGAGUUGUGGGCACCCGGUGCACAUGCUCCGCACACAGUACCGUAGUCACCCAACGAUCUCGGCGUUUCCGCGGGCGUACUUUUACGGUGGCCUCCUCCAGGAUGGCGACAACGUCAAGACACCCGCGUACAUCAAACCGUACCACUCGCUCGCACCGGCGUUUUUGCCACUUGUGUUUUGGAACAUUGUGAGCAGCCGCGAGUCAGCGGGCCCGUCGUCGCGCUCCAACCAGAUGGAAAUCGAGCUUGCGGUCAACUUGUAUCUCACGCUCCGGAACGCGUGCCCGCCGGACGCGAUCCGUGGCAAGGUCGGCGUCAUUACACCCUACGCGUUCCAAAUGGAAGAACUCAAGAAGGCCUUUGCUCGCGUGUGUGGUGGUGACUAUGCGCACGAUGUCGAAAUCAACACGGUCGACGGGUACCAAGGCCGUGAGAAGGACAUUAUCAUUCUGUCGACGGUGCGCGCGGACCCUCGAAAAGGCGUUGGGUUCCUCAGCGACAUUCGGCGCAUGAACGUCGCGCUGACGCGCGCCAAGUUUGCGUGCUACGUCAUCGGAAGUGAAGCGACGCUCAAGUCGUCCAAGCCCUGGCGGGCGUUGCUCGACCACACGAGAAGUGCUCAGUGCAUGGUGCACGUGACCAACCCACAGGAAAAUUUGUUGCAACUACGCCCUGGUGGCGAUCCGCCCCGGCGACCCGUGAACUUUGGCGGCCGCGGACGUGGUCGGUUCCAGCACGCCUAG